GGGGACCCUGUAAUUAGUGUUUUUGCUUCUCCCUCUUAUUAAUGAAUUGCGGCAACUCUCUUGCCGCCUUUUCGGAAAAAAAAAAACCUUGUGUCCGAUGCUUGGCAAUAGAAGCUCAAUUACAUGUACUUUUAGUUUCAGAUUGAGCUUCCCUUACAUUCUACAGAUGUCAAUGGAAGCUACACGGUGUGAGAUUAGUAAGGCCACCUGAUUCAAAAAGACUGAUUACAUGCUUAAAGGGAAUAGGAGACCAGAGAGUCUGUUCAGAUAUGCACCAUCAUCACAGAAGAAAGAAAUGCAACUUGCACUUCUUGCUGAACAGGUCAGGGUACACGUUACCAUGUAUCUUUAAUUAGCAACAUUGAAUGCUUUCCUGGCCCUGUUCAGUGACUGCGAUCCCAGCUCGUGGUGGUAACACGUGAGUCCAGGAGAAUAUAAUAUUUCCACGUGAUCUUAGGCGUGUAAACAGCAACUUCUUAGAUCACAUAACCUUCCACAGAAAGUGACCUUUCUUUCUUUUAUUUUUGCUCCCCCUCCUAGUUUCAUCUCUUCUUCUGUUUGUUCCUUUGGUGUUUCCCUUUGGCUCCAUGGCAGGCUCUUCAUCAUACAGCGUUCUCCCUGACCAGACCAUGGACAACGAUGAUGCACAAAUUGGAGUUGCUAAAACUCAGGGAAAGUAUUGGGGCAUUUUCAUCUGCUGGCUUCUUGGAAAUGGAUGUCUAUUUGGGUUCAAUGGGAUGCUUACUAUUGAAGAUUACUACGUGUACCUCUUCCCGAAGUACCAUCCAACAAGGAUUAUUACUCUCACCUAUCAGCCCUUUGUUCUCGCCACAACCGCCAUAUUCACAUAUCACGAGGCCAAGGUCAAUACUAGGGUGCGCAACCUGGCAGGAUACACGUUGUUCUUCUUGAGCUCAUUUGGAGUGAUCAUCCUGGAUGUUUUGUCUUCAGGAAGUGGUGGAAUCGCCCCAUUCGUUGGUAUCUGUACCAUUGCUGCUGCUUUUGGCAUAGCAGACGGUCAUGUUCAAGGCGGAAUGACUGGUGAUCUGUCCCUGAUGUGCCCAGAAUUCGUCCAGUCCUUCUUUGGCGGCGUUGCUGCAUCAGGUGCAAUAACCGCGGCGUUAAGGUUCUUCACAAAAGCGGUGUUUGAGAAUUCCAGAGAUGGCCUGCGGAAAGGAGCUAUGCUGUUCUCUUCGAUCUCGUGCUUCUUUGAGCUUCUAUGCGUUCUACUUUAUGCUCUGGUGUUCCCGAAGUUGCCAAUCGUGAAAUUCUACCGUUCAAAAGCUGCCUCUGAGGGGUCUCAGACAGUCACCGCUGACCUUGCUGCUGGAGGCAUCAAAAGCCUGCCGAAUCCAUUGGCUGAGGAAGAUGGUGUGGUCGAACGGUUGAACAACAAGCAGUUGCUGCAUGAGAACAUGGACUACGCUCUGGACAUGUUCCUGGUCUAUGUCCUGACACUGUCGAUUUUCCCAGGGUUUUUGGCGGAAGACACUGGAUCGCACAGCUUGGGUUCUUGGUACGUGCUUGUGUUGAUCGCGAGCUUUAACGUGUCGGACCUGAUCGGAAGAUACCUGCCUCUGGUCGAGCAAAUGAAGCUGACAUCCAGGACGGGGCUACUAACCGCAGCCAUCUCUAGGUUCCUGCUCGUCCCGGCGUUCUACUUCACGGCAAAGUACGGUGACCAGGGCUGGAUGAUCAUGUUAACGUCGCUCCUUGGACUGAGCAACGGCCAUCUCACCGUCUCCGUCCUCACCGAGGCGCCGAAAGGCUACAAGGGGCCAGAACAGAAUGCUCUGGGGAACCUGCUGGUGCUUUUCCUCUUGGCAGGCAUAUUUGUUGGCGCCGUUUCUGAUUGGCUGUGGCUCAUAGGCAAAGGGUGGUGACCGAACUUAACUUGUUCUCCCCAGGUGUAUAUUUAUUAUGCAAGCUAGCAGAUCAUGCAAUCAAUAAAUCAUUUCUAAAGUUGACUCGUAUCUUUUUUUUUAAUCAUCAUAACCAAUAUGAUCCAACCAUUCACAUGCUAUACAAAGUUACUAGUGUAUAAAUGCUUUGAGCCCAGCAAGAGAGAACCACUGUUACCUUUUUGCGACAUCUGAUCAAGUCGCGUUCACGAUGGUGCGAUGCCCUCGAGGGACCAGAACAAAACGCUUUGGGCAACUUGCUUGGGCUUCGCCUCCUGGGUGGCAUCUUCUGCGGGGCCGUUCUCGACUUGUACCGCGAAGUCUCCCUGUCCUUUUUGGAGUCUGAUGUGUGGUCUGGUCGCGAUCAAGCGCCUAGCAGCAUUUGGUUCAUCUUGCGCCGAAGAUUCCGCUUCCAAUCGCACUGGCUGCAUUUCUCAGGACUCAAGGCUUCGCUUACAGCUCCUCUUUUGGGUGGGGACAAGAACCGAUGGAAAGCGAAAAGGCACGCUGAGCUGAACUGAACUGAACUGAACUGAAUUCUACAGUUUUGUGAGCAUAUAAUGCUGCGACGUUCUUGUGUACCAAUCUGUAUAUUUUUCUUCCUCCAGUUCAGUAGGACAAAAGCUGCAAAUGUUCAGGAAAUGCAAAGAGAGGCUAGAAACUGAAUCACGGACGGUGUAUUUUGGUGGGAAAAGUUUUUUUCUUUCUGACU